GAAUUUUUUGAAAAUUGUAAGCUUGAAGGAGCCAUUUCCUGCUCAAACAUUAACAUGGUUGGGUCAGCAAUGCUAACCAGAAUGUUCAUCAACGGCUUCUUGAAGAGGACUCCCAGAGCUGCUAUUAUUAAUGUAUCUUCACUGAUUACAGUUGUGCCUGCUCCAUAUAUCAAAGAAUAUUCUGCUACUAAACAGUUUUUGACGUUGCUUUCAUACUAUUUGCAAGACAAUUAUGGUGACAAGAUCGACAUCCAAGACCUGAACCCUGCAGUAAUGACUACCAAUUUGAAUAACCAUCGAACGGGACCAGACACGAUCGCUCCUGAGCAUUAUGUAACAAGCAGUUAGAGAGAUCUUGGACAGGAAUUCUGCACAGUUCUCGCUCUGAUCCACAGUUUCAUUGACCAAAUGUUGUUCGUGAUGAACAAGUUCAUGAAGCCACUAUACAGAGUCACCUUUGUCCAUGAAAAUGAAAUGAAGGUAUUGGAAGCCUUCUACGAGAAGCAUAGGGAUAAAAAAUAAGGUAGAUAUUUAGAUUCAAUCUU